AUGUUGCUUAAUACUGCUAUCCAUUACUGGAUAUUUUUAUUAUCCAUUGUUAGUUCAUCCUGGAUUAAAUAUCCAAUUGAAAUUCCAAGUAUUCCAGGACAGCAUAAAGAACCAACUCAUACUUUGGAUUAUAUCGAAGAAGCUCAAAAUACAUGUGACAAAGAUUCAGAAAUAAACAAUGAUUUAUAUUGUUACCCGCAAUGUUUCAAUAAGGAAGAUGAUCAGCCAAAGUUAGACCAAUGUUGCUUUAAUGAAAAUGGUAGAGUGUUGUACCCAAAGCCUUGUUCUGAGACUUCGGAUGAUUUGGGUACCACUACAGAUGAUGCUACUGUCGACCCAACGUCACUGAUUACCACAGACUUAACUAGCGCUACAACCACUGGUACAAUUGAUGACGUUGAAGAGUAUCCCCAAUGUUUCAAUAAGGAAGAUGACCAACCAAAGAGGGAUCACUGUUGCUUUGAUGAUAAUGAUAGAGUGUUGUACCCAAAACCAUGUUCUGAGACUUCUGAAACUUCCGAGAGUGAGGCUACAACUACAGCAGAAACAACCACUGAAUCAGAGUCAAUUUCAAUUACCACUUCAUCAGACAACAGUGACAGCACUGAAACCGCUGAUAUUGAUAAGUACCCGCAAUGUUUCUACAAAUACAGCAACCAGCCAAAUAGAGAUCGUUGCUGCUUCAACAACCGAUACCAGGUGUUAUAUCCAUGGCCAUGUGGUGAUUCAUCUGAUGAUGUAAAUGCAUCUACUACUGAUGACACAAAUGAUGAAAUCUCACAAACAACCACUGAAUCAUCCAGCACCGCCACAGACAUUGAGGGCGGAGACGAUGAAAACAACGACGUGGAAGAGUAUCCCCAAUGUUUCAAUAAGGUAGAUGAUCAGCCAAAGUUAGACCAAUGUUGCUUUAAUGAAAAUGGUAGAGUGUUGUACCCAAAACCUUGUUCUGAAACUUCGGAUGAUUUGGGUACCACCACAGAUGAUGCUACUGUCAACCCAACGUCACUGAUUACCACAGACUUAACUAGCACUACAACCACUGGUACAAUUGAUGAUGUUGAAGAAUAUCCUCAAUGUUUCAACAAAAAGGAUGACCAACCAAAGAGGGAUCACUGUUGCUUUGACGAUAAUGAUAGAGUGUUGUACCCAAAACCAUGUUCUGAAACUUCGGAUGAUUUGGGUACCACUGCAGAUGAUGAUACUGUCAACCCAACGUCACUGAUUACCACAGACUUAACUAGCACUACAACCACUGGUACAAUUGAUGAUGUUGAAGAAUAUCCUCAAUGUUUCAACAAAAAGGAUGACCAACCAAAGAGGGAUCACUGUUGCUUUGAUGAUAAUGAUAGAGUGUUGUACCCAAAACCAUGUUCUGAGACUUCUGAAACUUCCGAGAGUGAAGCUACAACUACAGCAGAAACAACCACUGAAUCAGAGUCAAUUUCAAUUACCACUUCAUCAGACAACAGUGAUAGUACUGAAAUCGCUGAUAUUGAUAAGUACCCGCAAUGUUUCUACAAAUACAGCAACCAGCCAAAUAGACAUCGUUGCUGCUUCAACAACCGAUACCAAGUGUUAUAUCCACGGCCAUGUGGUGAUUCAUCUGAUGAUGUAAAUGUAUCUACUACUGAUGACUCAAGUGAUGAAAUCUCACAAACAACCACUGAAUCAGAGUCAAUUUCAAUUACCACUUCAUCAGACAACAGUGACAGUACUGAAAUCGCUGAUAUUGAUAAGUACCCGCAAUGUUUCUACAAAUACAGCAACCAGCCAAAUAGACAUCGUUGCUGCUUCAACAACCGAUACCAAGUGUUAUAUCCACGGCCAUGUGGUGAUUCAUCUGAUGAUGUAAAUGUAUCUACUACUGAUGACUCAAGUGAUGAAAUCUCACAAACAACCACUGAAUCAGAGUCAAUUUCAAUUACCACUUCAUCAGACAACAGUGAUAGUACUGAAAUCGCUGAUAUUGAUAAGUACCCACAAUGCUUCUACAAAUACAGCAACCAGCCAAAUAGACAUCGUUGCUGCUUCAACAACCGAUACCAAGUGUUAUAUCCACGGCCAUGUGGUGAUUCAUCUGAUGAUGUAAAUGUAUCUACUACUGAUGACUCAAGUGAUGAAAUCUCACAAACAACCACUGAAUCAGAGUCAAUUUCAAUUACCACUUCAUCAGACAACAGUGAUAGUACUGAAACCGCUGAUAUUGAUAAGUACCCGCAAUGUUUCUACAAAUACAGCAACCAGCCAAAUAGACAUCGUUGCUGCUUCAACAACCGAUACCAAGUGUUAUAUCCAUGGCCAUGUGGUGAUUCAUCUGAGAGUAGGACCACAUCAGAGCUAGAAAUCUUUAGUGAAACCGAGUCAUCAUUUGUCACAACUUCUUCCGAUGAAAAUAUUGGUACGUCAAGUGAGUUGACAGUAUCUUCCAGUAGCGACUUUAUUUCGACAAGUCAAAAUGUGCCUGAAGCAACUACCAUUGGUAAUUCAACUAGUAUUAUUGAGUCAUCAACAACUGGAGGUGUGCUCCCGAUAACUCGACCAAUUUUAUCCGUACUGGAUAUUGAGUCCUCAAUAAGUGAUGCUACUGAUUCAAAGGGAAGUAGCAAUCCUACAUCCACUAUGGAAGACGGUCAUUCAUCUGAGGAAAUGCUCACAACAACAAGUGGACAUAAUUCCUUACCUAGUAACUCAGUUCCAAUUUCAACGCAAACUAGUUGGCGCACCAGCGUUGCUGGUAUCUCGAGUAACGAAGUGUUGAAAACAUCAGCUGGUUCUGCCAAUUCGUCGGGUACUACUAGUGAAACUGGGUUAUCAUCAUACGAAACUGACAACCCAAAGAAGUCCGGUACUACUGAUUAUGAAUCAAAUAGGUCUAUUCCAACACUGUCUGGUAAAGGUACUGGCUUGAAAGAUAGAACUACUUCAGCUCUUUCAGAAGAUAUAGACAUUCAGUCAACCACAAUUGAUGGCAUUACAAAAACUAUACAAACGACCGUUUAUGUUACCACAUCCCCUGAUAAGUUGGUUACUACUGAAACUGCUGUGAUUGUUGUGGUAACUAAUGAUUCUACUGCAACAACCUAUACUGAAAUGAUUCAAACUACAGUUGUUGAAGGUAAAACGUUGACAACUACUAUUCCAAUUCCUCAAGACAAAACCAACAAAAUAUAUGGGAUAGAAUAUAGCACUAUACUUCCAACUACAUUACCAAACGGUCAAGUUACCAGUAUCAUUGAGAAAAUUGCGGUUGCUGUUAAUGAUCAAGGACAAAGAGUUACAAAGACAGCUCCACUCGAAAUUGGUGCUUAUACUACAAAAGGUUUCGAGAUCAGUCAGGACAACAAUGAUAUGGGAAACUUAGUAGCAGAAGGGUAUAAUCCAUCUGCUGGGCUUGGUGGCUCGACACCGAUUGCUUCAAUAAGUGCGGUUUCAAACGAAAAUUCAGCAUCCUUGUCCAAAGUUAACCUGUUAUUAGUCAAAUUUUUGCUUUUGGUAUUAUUGAUUGUUUAA